CCGUUAUGCCUAAAGACAAUUUCGCUCUUGCCAGAAUUCUUCCUGCUGUUAUUGACAUUCGAUCAUACGGUCCGAGAGAAACCAUCUUUCUGGUUGUGUUAAUUAAAAUAUUCAGAACUUAAAUAGGUUGCAGUUAUAAAUUAUUCUUUUUACGGUGUACAUAUUUUUAUAUUAUAGAUUAUGAGGACCAGAGCCGUCAACCAUCGUCCAAAGAUAUCGCACACAAUUAGAACGGUAGACUUGUAUAUACCAGGACAGAACAAACUCGCAAAAGUUCUAGAAGAUGGAUUGAAGAAAAAUUUUGCAGAUGUUAGCAUUGAAUGGGUGAAUUGUCCAGACUUGACUCAGGAACCAUUCAACCUUGCCGCACCAGGAUUAUGUGGUCACACGUCACUUGUAUAUGUCGGUGAUUCGGAAUAUUCGGAAUGUGUGGAUCCCGAGAAUCUAGAUCCGAGAAUGGCGAAAACAUACUACAUAAAAGAUAUUUUAAAACUACUCGGUCGUGACAAAUGUAACUCCUUUAUUUUCGGUGAUGGUAUGGUUCAACGACCAUCAAAUAGGCGUUUAGACGAACUUGUUAUGAACGCGUCGUUUUGGUCAGCAGACAAAGGGAUAACGCGAAUCAGAAAUAAAAGUUGCGUCAUAUUUGCAAAUCCAGAAACAAAAGAAUGUAACUUGGAAAUGUUAAGUGGCUUUGAGCCCAAAUGCACUAUACAUGGAACUUUCUUUCUCAGCGAAGGUUUAAGAGCGGAUGUUUUGAAAGUGCACGUUAAGAAAUAUCUCGGCCCAUAUUCAUUUAUACAGUCGAUGCGGUUUGCACUUCAAGAAUAUUUUGGAGAACAAGAACUACUUGUCGGUAUGGCUGGUGUAUCCGUGAGUAAUGCAAAAUACAAGCAUGAACGCAAACCAAAUUAUUCGGAACAUUCACGGAUUGGUGAUACUUCUCAUUUAUGUAAUAUAGAUAUAUCUACAGUAAUUAGCACGUUUAACAGCAGCCUCUUCAGACAUAUUCCAGAAUUUCCGAUUAGAAUAGCAUUGAAUUCUACUGAAAAUGCCCAUUUUUUAUGUCAUUUGAAUACACCCGAACGCCCAUUUCCAUAUGAUGCUACGGUAAACGACAUAGAAUUUAUGGGAUACUUUUUCCUUGCAGGACAGCUCUAUCGUGUGGUAUUAAUAACAGUUUUAGAAAAUGGAUUGAAACAACAUUUUAUGAACGUUAAGGUCGAAUGGGUUAAUUGUCUUAAUCUGUCUCAGGAACCAUUCAAUCUUGCCGCACCAGGAAUAUGUGGUCAAACGACAUUUAUAGAACUCGGUGAUUUUUCAUACAUGCAAUUAAAAGUGGAGAAAAAAUACAACAUCAAAGACAUUUUAAGAUAUCUCGGUCGUAACUAUAGUAAUUCUUUCAUUUUCGGUAAUGGUGUUUCUCGACGUCCAUCAAAUGGAACUUUAGGCGAACUUGUUAUGAAUGCGUCAUUUUCACCUGAAAUCGACGGAGUAAUGGAAAUCAAAAAUAGAAGUAGCAUUGUAUUUCUGAACGUAAUAAAACACAAAUGUGACUUGGAAUUGUUAGCUGAUUUUGAGCCCACAUGUAAUAUACAGGGAAGUUUCUUUCUUUGCGAUGGUUUAAUUGGGCCUGUUUUACAAAUUCGAUGCGGCAAGUACUGCAAGAAACAUUUGGGUCUACUGGACAAUCUGUUGGCACCCACACACACAUAUACCACAAUAUAUGUAUAUGUAUGUGGAUGUGUUCGUGGAUCUGAUGCUUAUCAUAUCUAUUAUCCUUUUUUAAUAGGUCUUCAAUUUGAAUUAAAUAAAUUUUAUGUAGAGGCCAUAGUCGAAUGGGUGGAUUGUCCUGAUUUGACAAAGCAUCCCUUCUAUCUUGCUGCGCCAGGAUUAUGCGGUAACACGGCGCUUCUAGACGUUGGUAGUCCUUCAUAUUUAUUUCCUUAUCCGCAGUUGAAGAAAAUUUACGAUUUCAAAAGUUUUUUAACUGCCGUUGGUCGCUCCAACAGUGAUAACCUCAUUAUUGGAGCAAGUCUUCAUCAAUCGUUUACUGGGCAAUUAGGCGAGCUCAUUAUGAAUGCGACCUUCUCACCAUCAACCGAAGGAAUAAUGCAAAUUGACGAUAGAAGCCAUUUCAUAUAUCUGGUUGACCCAAACGUGUCCAAAACGUGUAGAAAUACAGAAUCGGAUAUAUUAUAUAAUUGCAAUAAUCCUAGAUGCAGUAUACAGGGCAAUUUCUUUAUCAGCGAAGGAAAACCGGGACGAGUUCUUAAAGUGAAGGCUAGGGAACGUCGUACACAUAUGGAAUUAACAGAAGUAAUACAGUAUACGCUUCAAAAGUAUUAUGGAGACAAAUCAACACUUGUCGGCUUGGGUGGUAUAUUUGUAGUGAACAAUGGAAUAGUGAAAGUUCACGUUAUGCCACAAUUUUUGGAAACUGACUUAACAAGUAAUAAAAUGGUUCAUGAUUGGCUUCAGUACCACGAGAUACCGACGCCUUUGGUUGCAGUUGGCACAAUCGUCAACAAAUCUUCUUUUCCUGUUCUGAUUCCAAGUACAGGAUUUCAAACAGAUUUAGAACUCACUGCAAAACAUUUUCACGCCUUUUCCUUAGAUGCAGAAAGAGGCGGACAUUAUUAUACAAAUAUAGAAUUUAACAACACUGCAGAAUAUUUAGGAUACUUUUGUCCAGCAAAAAUGCUGUAUCGUAUGGAUAAAGGAAAUAUAAACCCUCUGAUAUUACCAUUUUAGGAUUUAUUGUAUAAGCCUUAGAUGUUGCAAUGCUCCAAUCUUUUGUACUUAUUCUAAUUAUCGCAAUGUUAUUGAUAUAAUUUCAUUAUAAUUUCUCUAGUCUAUAUUUGUAAUUUUUUAAAAAUUUGUUUUAUCCCUUAUUUAGAUAUCUUAUGUAAUUUUCUAACUUUUUUUUUUCCAAUGUCUCAUCACCUUACAGCUUUAUCUCAAUCAUAAUUUACAUUCUUUCUUAGUAUAAAUUAAACUAUUUAUUGUUAUAUAUAUAUAUCAAAUUAUUUAAGCGACUAUUUAACAAGUACAUGAUUUCUAUAGUAAAACAAUUAUAUGAACAUAAAAAUAUUGUAGUAUAUCAUAAAUAUAUAUAUAUAUAUAAUCAUAAAAAUAGAUAUUAAAUAAUAAAUAGCUAUUACUAAACAUGUUUGUUGUACUGCUUUAAUCAGAAAAUUUUAUUUACAUUUUACAUAAUAUAAAGCAAAAAAAAACAAAGAAAAAAUUGAGUCUAUAGUUACUAUCUUAUCAAAAAGACUUUUGCUAUUCGAGAUAAAUUCAGUGGUAAAAAAUAAAGACUUUUAAAUGCUUCAAAAUUAAAUGUUGCAUCAGUUUCCUCUCGUGAUGAAUUAGUUAAUGAUAGUCAUAAAGCACUAUAAACUGUAUGCAAUGGAAAACUGGCUAGCAAUAAUAUAAUCUUUAUUGUGUUGCCCAAAAAUAAUUCUAUCAAUAAUAUUUCUUAGACAUUUUAAUUGCAGUGAUAAAAAUUUUAUAAUGAUUAAUUUAUUGUUGCAUACGAUUCUAUAAAUAAAUUUUAAAUUAUGGUUAUAAUAUCUGGUAAUAUAUAUGAAUGCGUCAAUAUCUCGGGGAAAAAUCUCGUUCUCACCAAAAUACUUUUACCAUGUGUCUAUAUAAAGAAUCUGAUAGUGUUGGAAAGAUUGUCAAAAUUUUAACAGGCUACGAUUAUAGAUCAUUUACUUUGUGGCGUAUAUUAUUAAUAUAAAUUCUGUUGUGUACACAUCGGUGAGUAAUAUAUUAGACAUUUAGGCGAGUCACCCGCUUCUCUCUUUAUAUCAUGUUCUUUUUGCAAUAUUUUAACAAGAUACUCUUCUAAAUUAUU